UCUAAACGAAAUAAACGACAUAAAAUAAAUAGAAUAGUAAGGGAACAAAGAAUUGUUGACGCGGAAAACCCAAUGGAAGGGAAAAAUCGCGGGUGAUACUCCUGAUCACCAAUCCACUAAUGUGCCGAUGGCUUUGUUACAAUUGUUAGAUGGAAUGAUCCACUUUUAUCUUCGUUACACAGAGAAUUAGAGUAGAAAGAGAAUGAAUAUUCUUAGGGAGGCUUAGAGAGAGAAUAAUAAUUAGAGAGAGAGAAUGCUAGGUUUACAUCAUUUAUAUAUAUAUGAGAAUAUCUUUUUCAGCUGAUCUAGUGAACCAUCCCCAUCAUAUCAGUGCCACGUCACCAGCAAUCCCCCUCAUAUCUCAACUUCUCAACCACUUUUCAAUACGUUUGAACUGGUCUCCUUUUAUUUUAGCAGCCCAACUAUACCCUUCAUGUAUUUCGAACAUACUGCCAUGCAACGCCAAAGUGUGAAACGUGGGCCCAACGAUUGCCCCUGAUUGACGCGUGUCGCCCAAAAACUGCCCUUGGGAGAACCGUCAAUUAAUCCUCCUUGAAAUACCCACUACUUUCACCAACUUCCCACGCUUCCUUCAUUUCAAAACCCAUCCCAUCAUUACUUUGCUUCUUCAACUUCUCCCUCUCUCUCCCUCUCAAGAACUUCACCAGGUUCAAGAACUUCAAAUUUUCCGGCGCGUUCAAGCUUCUCAGACAUUGUUAACCAGGUAAUUUUUCUUUCGUUUCUUCCUUAUUUCUCUUCAAUGGCUUCGAAAGAUACCCCAAAGGUUAGGAAAUCCAAAAGGAACCCUAAACCCGUAGAUAAUUCUGACGAGGUAAUUAUAGUAGAAUCAGGGGUGAUAGGGGGAAAGAACACAGUUAGCGAAUUUACCUAAGAAGAUGUAGAAGCAUUUUUAGAGAAAUCAGGUUUACCAAUUUCUACCAAAAUCAAAAUCCCCCAAAACGACGAAGGUCUUGACGACUGUCCUGAAGGUUGGGUAGUUCUCUACGAGUACCCUUUCAAGAUUGGGUACAAAUUCCCACUCAAUCCGUUGAUGACGCAACUUCUAACCGUCAUGCAAAUUAGCCCUGGCCAACUAAUGCCGUUGGUUUGGCGAGUGGUUUCUCGUAAUUGACAAGCUAACACAAGGUUCGAACACCAUCUUCACCAUCGAAGACCUUUUGUAUGUUUACGACAUCAAGGCAGUGGAAAAUACCAGAUAUACCUUCUUUUUGAAACCCGGACGCCGUUCUUUAGUAGAAAACUCAGGGGCCAACGACAGGGGUUGGAAAAAGAAAUAUUUCUUCGUAAAAAAGAAGUUUAUGGGAAAGCACCUUGAUUUUCUUCGCGACGGUUGGAAUUCCGAAGGUAAUUCUCCUACCCCAUUGUAUAUCUUUGAAAACUGUACCAUUGACGUUGUCUAAUUUGUGGUGUUACUGCAGAAAUACUGCCUUUGCCCGUUGGGGAAUCCACUUACUCAAACAGCAAAGUCCAUUGGCUCCUGACGAAAUACACCAUCAAAAACCGGACGUUCAGGAACAACUUCAAAAUCCCACCGUCCGACGACGAGACACUGCCCCAGUCUACCGAAGAACAUACAAUCACCUCUACAGAUCCUACUAACAAUACUUCUCCUUCCAUGGCGUCAGAAAAUAACGCAUCGCAACGCUCCAAGACCCCAACUGUCGCCUUGUCGGAAGCAGAAAUGCUGGAGAGGGCAAAGAAGAGAAAGCAGUCCGCCGUCAGUCAGACAAUGACGCCCCCACCUUCUGCUCCGUCUAAGACUGCCAAGACGUCCGUCUCUGCCGACGUCUCAAAAACCGCCAGACCUCCUCUUCAAGAAGGAGAAACAUUCACUAUCAGUCUGCCCAAGAAUUUUGGUGAGAUAACUUCGACAGCUAUUUUUCCGGCGGCGGAGAAAUUAGCCUUCCCAGCUCUUCAACGGCGUCUAGCCAGCCUCUCCUUGACUACGGUCGCCAACGAAGGAUUAGCACUGCAAAUACAUGCCACCCAGAAUAGUUUGGCGUUACGUUCUGCCGCUCUUUCUCUCGAGAAAGAAUGCAAGACGCUGCGAGAGAAACUGAACAGGUCUACGUCGGCACUGACGGCGGCGGAGAAGAAAGUUGUGGAACUCUCCACUGAGUUAUCCAAGGAGAAGAAACGGAACGACGAUCUGACGGCCGACAUGUCCUCGCUGAAGGAGGAGAGUGACGCCACUGCAGCAAGCCUUAGAGAGGAGCUGGUUGACGCGGCCAGUCGCUAUACUUGGAGGACCAAGGCCAGAUUGAUGAAGCAAUUUUUGGACGGCCAGACGGCGUCCUGGACCCCGGAAGCGGACGUCAGGCAGUUCCUGGAGGUUUUUGGGACGCCGGAGGAUUUGCUCCCUGAGGGUGCCGAUGCUGCGGACACCAUGGCGACGGCUGAAUCUGACGCCAACGCCAAGCCAACUGACGCCACCUGAUCGUCUUCUGACUUUUCAAAAGGUGCUGCGACACCUAUAUCAACAAACAGUUUAUGUAAUAGUGUAGUUAAAGGUGCUAUGUCGUCUAAACUUUGUGUUUUGUGAUGUCUGCUGUUGCGAAUUUUAAUUGUUUCGGUUUGUACGUUGUUAAAACGAUGUUGCGUUGUGUU